CUGGAAGUGGGCAGCCGCGGACCUUUGCCCGGGAACUGAGCCUGAGAGCGGGGCUCGGGGUGUGAUGCCGCCUAAAAGACCCAGAAAAAACAACCUCCCUGUUCCCCUUGAAGAAGGAGUAAUCCUGAAGGAUACAGAUAAAAAAGAGUGGCGACUGGGUCGUAUGAUUGCCCAGGGAGGAUUUGGACUGAUCUACCUAGCUUCCCCUCGCCUUGAUAUUCCUGUUGAAGACAGUGCAGUGCAUGUCAUUAAAGUGGAAUACCUUGAAAAUGGACCCUUGUUUUCUGAACUGAAAUUCUACCAGCGAGCUGCAAAACAGGAGUGCAUCAAGGCAUGGAUGAAGCUUAAACACUUAGCUUUUCUGGGAAUUCCUGUCUUCUGGGGAUCAGGCCAGGCUGUAUUCAAUGGCAAAAGUUACAGAUUUAUGGUGAUGGAAAGGUUAGGAGAGGAUCUUCAAACCAUCUUUGAACAAAAAGGACAAAGGUUUGACAAGAGAACUGUUCUUCAGAUUGGGGUACGAAUGCUGGAUAUUUUGGAAUAUAUACAUGAAAAUGAGUAUGUUCAUGGAGACAUCAAAGCAGCAAAUUUACUUUUGGGCUACAGGAAUCCACAUGAGGUUUAUCUUGCAGAUUAUGGACUCUCCUACAGAUAUUGUCCCAAUGGGAACCACAAAGAGUAUCGGGAAAAUCCUAAAAAGGGCCAUAAUGGGACAAUAGAGUUUACCAGCUUAGAUGCCCACAAGGGAGUAGCACCAUCCAGACGAGGGGACCUUGAAAUCCUGGGCUACUGUAUGCUGCAGUGGAUAUGUGGGAAGCUACCCUGGGAGCAGAAUCUGAGGAAACCUGAAGCUGUCCAGGCAGCAAAAACAAAGCUCCUCGAUGAACUCCCAGAUUCAGUGACCAGGUGGACUCCUCCAGGAACAAGCUGUGGUGAAAUAGCCACAUUUUUGGAGAAUGCUUCUAAAUUAACAUAUGAGGGAAAGCCAGAGUAUGAGAUGCUGAAGAAAAUCCUGUCAAGUGGUCUGGAACACAGAGGACACUGUUAUGACCCUAUCAAUUUUACCACUGUUACAAGUGCUCUGACUGAAUAUGCUGCUAUCCCCAGGAAAACUAAUUUGCCAAAACUGACACCAAAACCAGUUAAAGAAGCAAAGGAGAACAAGCAGGAAAACAAGAAUCUUGCCUAUCAGAGGAAAGCCACUGUGGGAACGCAAGAUGAGCCGCUACAAGCCCAACUGAGCAAGCCUCUUCAGACUCAAGAGGAAAGAAAAGAAUCCCUACUCAGAACAGAUGUAUUCUACAAGACCUUCCAGAAAGUUGAAGAAAAAUCUAUACAAAAUGGAACUGUUUUUUUACCAGUCUGUCAACCUUUGUCUACUACCAAUUCUGAGGGCAGCGCUUCUGUACUAAGUGAAGAACUGUACCUGUAUAUUAAAGCCAUUGUUGUUCUUCUGUUGUUAAUACUACUUUCUUUGUACUUCCUUUGAGAUCACCUUCAGUGUGCUUUUGUUUUUAAAGUGCAGGGCUGGGCUGCUACGGGCUGCCUGAACUUCCAUUUCAAGCUUUCUUCAUAGACAUUUUCAAAGUGAUUUGCUGGAAUUUUUAGAAAGCAGAAGAGGGCGUCAUUAGAAAGUGAAAUCAAUUUUUUUAAAAAAAAAAACUUUGCUUACUGUAUUUUCCAGUGGUUGUAUUAGAAAGAAUAAUUUGCCAGACAUGUUUCCAGUUUUAAAUUGAAUUAUUAAAUUUCAUCUUCCUACAAAGCAGACUCACUUGAGUAUUUCAGAUACAAGUUUUUACAACUAUUACAUUUACAAUGAAGGCUUAGUGGCAGUCAUUUCAACUUAUUUUGCAAUAAGACCAA